GUAGUUUGUGCAUUAACAGGGACUUUCUGCUAGAAGCCUUUGUUCUUUUAGAGAGCCACUCCUCUGGGAUUUAGGCCUCCUGGUUGGCCACUGUACCAAGCUUUCCUGGUACAGCAGCAGGUGGAUCUGGACAGCAGCCAAAGUUAAUAACCUGUGAACCAGGGACAGGAAGGGCAGUAGCAUUCACACAGAAAACAUUAUCAUUGGAGGAGUGCUUCUCCUGUGAUACUUCCAAAAUGAAAAUUGAUAUUCAUAGCCACAUUCUACCUAAGGAAUGGCCUGACCUGAAAAAGAGAUAUGGAUAUGGUGGAUGGGUACAACUGGAUCAUCACUGCAAGGGACAGGCAAAGAUGAUGAAGGAUGGAAAGGUUUUUAGAGUUAUCCAAGAGAACUGCUGGGAUCCAGGAGUACGGAUUAAAGAGAUGGACCUGUCAGGGGUCACAGUCCAAACCCUUUCCACAGUCCCUGUAAUGUUCAGCUACUGGGCCAAACCUCAGGAUACUUUAGACCUAGCCCAGAUAUUAAACAAUGACUUGGCUGCUACAGUAAAGAAGUACCCCAAGAGGUUUGUGGGUCUGGGCACCUUACCCCUGCAAGCUCCAGACCUGGCUGUGAAGGAAAUGCAUCGCUGUGUGAAGGAACUGGGAUUUCCUGGAGUGCAAAUAGGAUCUCAUGUCAACGAGUGGGACCUGAAUGCCCCAGAGCUGUACGAUGUUUAUGCUGCUGCUGAAAAAUUGAAUUGCUGUCUCUUCGUGCAUCCCUGGGACAUGCAGAUAGAUGGGAGGAUGUCCAAAUAUUGGUUUCCUUGGCUAAUAGGCAUGCCAACAGAAACAACCAUGGCCAUUUGCUCCAUGAUUAUGGGAGGAAUUUUUGAAAAAUUUCCUAAGCUGAAAGUUUGCUUUGCACAUGGAGGUGGAGCUUUUCCAUACACAGUGGGGAGAAUCUCCCACGGAUUCAACGUGCGCCCUGACUUGUGUGCGAUGGAUAACAAGGUGGAUCCAAGGAAAUACCUGGGCUCAUUUUACACAGACUCUCUUGUCCAUGACCCUGGUGCACUAAGGCUGUUAACAAGUGUCAUAGGAGAGGACAAAGUCAUUUUGGGGACAGAUUACCCUUUUCCACUUGGGGAACUGGAACCUGGAAAAUUGAUUGAUUCGAUGGAUGAUUUUGACCAUAAAUUGAAGGAUAAACUCAAGGCUGGAAAUGCUCUGGAAUUUUUGGGUCUUAGCAGAAAACAAUUUGAAUAAUUGUGAAGAUACUAAAGAAGCUAAACUAUGGAAACAAUGCUGGAUCCUUAGGGAUGCUUCUGUUGGCAUGUGCAAUUGUACAGGUGAAAAAGAAAUUUGACAAGUAUGUAACAGUCUCCCAUAGGUACUGGAAAUAACUAUGCACAGGUAUUGCUGUGCAUUUGAGGAUUUAGGCUGUUUUAAACAAUUCUGAAAUCCCUGCUUUCAUAAUAAAGGAGAGAUUUCACCUUUUGCAGUUGUAAUAAGAAUCUCUGAAUUAUAAUCAAUGCCGUGUUAUUAGGACUUGAUUCUCAGGAAGGAAGGAGCUGAGAAAACUAUUUACCCAUUACAUUUCAGUCUUUGUUAUGAGCAAUAAACAGAAUUUGAAAGAAUCUUAAAACAGAAUUUAAGCAGAACUUUGUUGAUGCCCAAUAAAAGGCAACACUUGCCUGUAUCCACUGCUGAGAAGUGCAUCAUGUCACACUCAGCUCAGCACUACAGCACUGAUGCUUUGUCAGUGUUGUGACAGGAUGAAAAAGUCUAUGUGGGGAACUUUACAUUUCAGCUGCCACCUACACCACUGGCAACUUAUUCAUCAGAAACAAUCUGGACAAUAUGGUUGUAGGUGCAGAAAUAAUGUAUUUUGUGUGGGUAAUACUUGACUUUUCACUGUCACUAUCAAAAUAAAUACUAGUGUUUAGCAACAGUA